GAAAAUUGAAAUUAGACUUCUAAUUAAAAAAUUGAAAUUGGAAAUUAGUCGGUUUACUAGCAUUAAUUAGAUCUCAUUAAUCACCUCCUUAAAUCUUGAUUCCUAAUCACUAAUCAGUAAUCACUCCUUCUGUCUCUUCUUUCUCUUUCUUUCUCUCUCUCUUUGUACAAAAAAGGCAAAACUUUUUGCUCAAAAACAAGAGAUAUGAGCUCUUCUGUUAGUUUCUUGGUUCUUCUCAUUUCCAACCACCACAACAGCUUCUGGCUUUAAUCUCCAAAGAUCAAAAGCUUUUGUUUUCUUUUUCCAUUUUUUUGUUUACAUGGGUUUCUUGCAAGGUGAAACAGUUGGUAGUAUUUUGCUCAUGCAAAUACAGUUUACAUUUUUUUCCCAUUUGAGAAUGAGAUAUGCCUGCUUGUGUUAAGCUGUUUGUAGUACUGAAAGUUGGGUUCUUUUCUACUUCUUGGAACUUACAAAUUGGAUCCAAGACAUGGGAUUUUUUAUAUUGAUUUUUUGAGUUCUUGUAUUUAGUGGGUUUCUUUUAUUUUUGGCUUUCAGUGCUAGUUAAUAGUAAUAGUAGACUAGGAGCAGUAGCAGUAGCAGUAGUUGAAACAGAAGAAAAACAAAGAGAAGGGAAAUGAUAGGGUCAGGUAUAAAUUUGGUGAUGACAGUGAUAGGAUUUGCUGUAAGCACUAUGUUUAUAGUUUUUGUAUGCACACGUUUGGUUUGUGCACGGAUUCAACUGAACUCAUCAAGACGUUCAUUUCCUAUUGCUUCCAGAUCUGAUCUUAGCAUUCUGGAACGAGGAUUACAUGGCCUUGAGCCUGUAAUCGUAGCCAACUUUCCUACAAAGAAGUACAGUGCUGACCUUUUCUUGGCUUCAGAAGAUGCUCAAUGCACGGUUUGUCUUGCAGAAUACCAUGCUGAAGAUGUCUUGCGUAUACUCCCCUACUGCGGGCACUCCUUCCAUGUGACCUGCAUAGACAUAUGGUUGCAACAGCACUCCACUUGUCCUGUUUGUCGAAUAUCAUUGCGUGAACUUCCUGAGAAAAAGCGCAUGAUGCCCUUGUUCAGCUCAGCGAUCCGCUCACCGUACACCACAGAGCCCUGCAACACCCAUUCUUACAAUUGCUUGUUGACUGGGCAUGGGCUUUCAUCAAGAACAAACGACAAUCAUAUGAUGGACUCCAUUCAAGAGAGUAACUGUGCAUCAGAGAGUCAUGAAGCAGAAGAGGGGGAACAUUUAUCCGCUGUAACUGAAGGUAAUCAGAAUGCAAAAGACAAGCAUGUAGAAAGCCCAUCGAUUCCCUAAAUCGUCAAAAGUUGAAAUGUAAGCUUUAUUCAUUGACACUUCCAAUUUCACAGGGUUCAAAAAGUCAGCAUCAAAUUUCACUGAAGUUUAUGGCAUUCACUUUAUAUCCUACUGUAAAUAUUACAUCAAGUGAUUGAUGAUUGUUAGUCUUUGCCUUGGUUACUGAUUGGUUUCUGGGCAGUUUUGUUAGUUUCAGUUGUACAACUAAAAUCAGUUGCAAAAUGCUUGAAUGAGCUCUUUUCUAUGCAUAAUGCCCUUCUCUGCCAUACACACACCCCCGGACGUAUGUACGAUAGGACCAACACUUUUGGCCUGUAAAAUGCAUUUUUUAUUAGAUUCUCCAAAGGAUGCAACUCUUUGGUGGGGUUUUGCAAAUGUGAUGUGCUGUAUAGGAAAGUUAUCUUUGUUUUAGGUAUUUUUGUAUGCCUAAAUUCUUUAAAAAGCAGGCUCUCUGCUCAUUUGUUGCUUAGUCUGCUGAUUUGAUUGAAUGAAAUGAUAUCUCUUUUUGGCCUU